UAACACACCCCGCGCAUGCUCAGUCGUACAUGUCUUCUAUUGGCCAUGCACGGAGAGUAAUGCUAACUAGUUGAGUUUGCGGCUGUGGCUAAACUUUGUGCAAGUAAAACGAUUGUUGUGUUUUGUGUUGUAGGAAUACGGAGGAACUUUGCAUAUGUAAAACUAUCGGACUAUUGUGAGUUUUUACGAAGAUAACAAACUCCAAAUUUCAGCGUGCCGGAGUAUUAGCAUGACUAACAAGCGUUUGUUUUGCUAGCUAGCUGAACGACGCAGAGCAACGUUGUUGUCAAACUUCCAUUAAACUGUAUUUCUCAGUCUGUUCCCGUAAUAAUUAAACAUUUCGCGAGUUGGUGCAUAAUCUUAUAAAUUGACGUGUUUAAUGAUUAAAAAAACUGUCUCUGCCGCAAGACAAAUAUCGCUUUUGCUAACAGCUAAAUCGAUUUAAUCAUAGCCGACGGCAGUCAACGGCUGCUGUGUUUCUGACUUGUACAAUAAUGUGACAGCAGACACAAAAACAGAGAAUGGACAGAGAAUUGUUGAGGCAGUGUCUGACGUAUCACGGAGAAUCAUUGUUCAACAAACUGAAAUGUGAACAAACAGAAAACCCAGACUUCCAAGCUGUGGUGUCUGACCUGUGCAAGGCCACGUAUGAAAGCACGGGUGAAGGGCAGGACAGCCCCCUUGUGGAGCAGUUCAUUGCCAGGAAGGCAGACAUCCUGUUUUGUCCAGCAUGGAAGACUGCCACUCAUCAAGAAGAGGAGCAUGAGGAGGAGGAGGAGGAGGCUACAGAGCCCUAUGCCAUCAUGCCACCAGUGGAGUUAUUCAUGGAGGUGUCUUAUGAGGAAAGAAGAGCCAUGCUGUACAGAGACUUGGAAAGAGGAGACAUUGUGGUGGGGAGGAUUAACAACAUUAGAGAAUACGGCUUCUUUCUCACUCUGCUUUGCACGGCAGGAGGACUGAAGAGAGACAUAGAAGACCUAGAGUUGUCGGCUCUAUGUCACAUCAGAGAAAUUCCCUCCACUGGCAGCCAUGAUGAUCCUCUGUCCUACUACCAGAUCGGGGACUUCAUCAGAGCUGCAGUGAAAGAUAUUGACCGCUACCAGGAGAAAAUCACAGUUUCCCUCCACCAGGCCUCUCUUUCUCCCAGCUUGGAGCACAUCAAACUGGGUGUCAUUCCCAGGGAGGAGUUGCCCAUACACUACAGUCGUAGCGUUCGUGCAGCUGCUGACUCCAGUGAGACGUAUGAGUGUAUACUGAUGAGUUGCCAUGGGUACCACAACCCCUCUGUAGUGGACUACCUGCUGGAGAAGGUGGGAGUUAGUGACACCCACCCGCCAUCAAUGAUGAGAGGACUACAAAGUAAACUUUUCCAAGAGGAGGAUUUUGCCUCUGCAAUCCGGAAGAAACAGUCUGCAUCAUGGGCCUUGAAGUGUGUCCGUGCAGGUGUGGACCACUUCAAACAUGGUCGUCAUGUGGAAGCCAUGAAUGAAUACAACAAAGCCUUGGAUAUCGACACUAAUAAUGUAGAAGCACUGGUGGCACGUGGAGCUCUGUAUGCUAACAAAGGGAGCAUCAUGAAGGCUAUAACAGACUUUGAAUUGGCCCUGGAGAGCUGUCCAGAUCACCGCAACGCCAAGAAGUACCUCUGCCAGACACUGGUGGAGAGAGGAAAACAGCUUGAAGAACAGGAAAAACUAGUAACGGCGGAGGGAUUGUACAGGAGAGCUCUGUCUCUCGAUGACUUAAACCCUGAAGCGCAGGAGGCCCUGCACAAGAUCACAGACACUAUACAGAAAUCAAUUCGCCUGCGAGAAGAAGCACUGGCUAAGGAGGAGGCGAAAGCUAAGAGCCAGACCAGCGCUGAGAAAUUGCGUAAGAUUUUAAAAGAGGAGAAGAGGAUGAAGAAAAAACGGAAGAGAUCAGCCUCUUCCUCUUCAUCAUCCUCCACUUAUUCCAGGAACUCCUCUUCUCCUUCAUCAUCUUCCUCCCCUCGCAGGAGGUCCAAAAAGAAGAAGAAGAAGAGGAGGAGGUCUGAGCGGGAAAGUAAGCGCCAUCGCAGGAUCUCCUCAAGGGAUAGCAGCAGGAGGAGUGAGGAGGGUAAGAGCGAGAAAAACGGGAAGGAGGAAGAAGAGGAUGACGUGGAGUGGUAUCCCGCUCCUCCCAACACCUCUGCCACCUUUCUCAACCAGAAGGGAGGUCCAGGGUUUGGAGAGAGGGAUGAGGAGGAGGUGAAGGAGAAGGAUGCUGAGGAUAGAAGGAUCUGUCAACUGUAUUCUUUGUCGGCCGCUUCAGAGGACGAAGAGUCUGACUCCUCACGCAGAGAAAGAAAAAGAAGGGACAGAGAGGAGAGCAGGGCAAGGAGAGGGAAAAACAGUCUGAGUAGAAGCCCACAAAGAGAGGAGAGGAUGAGCAGGAGUAGAGAUAGGAGGGAUAAGAGCAGGGAGAGAGGGAAGGAGGAUAACAGGAGAGACAGUGAUUCCAAGAGGAGAAGUAGCUUAGAUGAGAACAGAAAGCGAAAAGUAUCCUGCUCGUCGGCUGAGUCAGAAUAUUCAUGGAAAUCCAAUUUCAAAUCUGAAUAUUUAGGGAACUCUGGCUCUGCGUCCAAACACUUGGAAAGUAGGAUGAGACGUGACUCUUCCAAGAGGAACUCCUUCGAUGGUGGUAGGUAUGAGAACAGAGGGCGGGAGGAGAUUCGGGAGGUAGAAGAGGCAAAAAAAGAGGAGGACAGUAGAAAGGGGAAAGUAGAGGAAGUGAGCAGCAGGUCAGAUGGAGGAAACCGUAAAAGAUCAGAAGGUGCUGGAAAACAUAACAAACAGAGUGGUUUGACCUCAGUGCCAGGUGGAGGCCCUAAAAAAGACCUCCCUUCUAACCUAUUAGAUAUUUUCAAUCAAAUUGCCCAGUUUGAGAAGGAGAAAGGAGUCAGGCCAAAAUAAUAACUCAAAACCAAAAGUCCAGAAUGUGCCCAAUACUAGUGAAAGGAGACUUUGAAAUGGAUGUUUGUACCAUGAAAUCAUUCAUUCUGUACAUCACGAUAACACUGCUGAAUGGCUAAAUGCAUUGUUGAUUGAAUGUCCACAGUUGUUGGAAAUAAUUUUCAGUAUUAAACUCCUGAUUUAACUUUGAAA